AUGGAGAAUAACGUGACGCCUGUAUAUCUGGCCGCUCAAGAAAGUCACGCAGAAGUGCUCAAAUACCUGGUCCUCUCUGCCGGCGGUUCCCUUCAUAUCAGAGCCAAGGAUGGCAUGUCUCCCAUACACGCGGCCGCACAGAUGGGCGCCAUUAAGUGCCUUAAAUGGAUGAUCGAAGAGCAAGGAAUUGAUCCAAACCUUCGGGACAACGACGGCGCCACUGCUGUCCACUUUGCCGCCAGCAGAGGACACGUGGAGACCCUUCGGUGGCUCUUAAAGCACGGCGGAAGGAUCACCUUGGACAAGUUUGGCAAAAGUGCACUCAACGAUGCCGCCGAAAAUGAACACUUGGAGCGUUUGGAAAGUACGAGAAGUGCUUAA